CUCGGACGCUACCCGGCCGGCCGGUCUUGCGCGCCGGCACCGCGGGCGCCCUCACUUCCGGGCUGCGCGCGCAGCGCUCGAGUCCGCACGGGGCGGCCAGACGGUCACCAUGAAGUUCAACCCCUUCGUGACUUCGGACCGCAGCAAAAACCGCAAACGCCACUUCAAUGCCCCCUCGCACGUGCGCAGGAAGAUCAUGUCGUCCCCGCUGUCCAAGGAGCUGCGGCAGAAAUACAACGUCCGCUCCAUGCCGGUCCGCAAGGACGACGAGGUCCAGGUGGUUCGAGGACACUACAAAGGUCAACAAAUCGGCAAGGUAGUCCAGGUAUACAGGAAGAAAUACGUCAUCUACAUCGAGCGGGUGCAACGUGAGAAGGCUAACGGCACAACCGUCCACGUGGGCAUCCACCCGAGCAAGGUAGUUAUCACCAGGCUAAAACUGGACAAAGACAGGAAAAAAAUUCUUGAACGCAAAGCCAAGUCUCGGCAAGUUGGAAAAGAGAAAGGCAAAUACAAGGAAGAACUAAUUGAGAAAAUGCAGGAGUGAGCAGAGCCUGUGGUUUGACUGGAGACUUCACCUGCUGUGUGUUUCUUCGGAAAUGUUUAAGAUGUUUCUGAAGCAAUUUAUACCCUACCCCUCGUUUUGUUACUGGCUAUAAAUUACUUUCACAGUUUUGAGUAAUAGUCUUAUUAAUAAAAACCAGAAGUAUUUCCUAAAUCCAAAA